AUGCAUACACUAGCGAGGUACUCGGGCCCGCUGUGUGAGCUGGUGGUGGACUCGUGCUACAGCUCCCCCUGCUACAACCAGGGCACGUGCAGGUACCGCGGAGCCUGCAGCUGCUCAGACGUGGUCAUCUCGUGCGGCUGGCAGGACGAGCUGUGUCAGCGUGAGCGCUGUGGCCAGAGGGCCGACUGUGACCUCUUGACCCCGUCCUACACGUGUGACUGUACAGGCACGGGUUACACAGGCCUUCAGUGUGCUCAGGACGACAACGAAUGCAGAGACACCCCCGGCCCAUGUCUCAACAAUGGCGUCUGCGUCAACACUGUAGGGGGCUACUCGUGCAACUGCAGGGGGACCGGUUACCAUGGCGACUUAUGUGACGUGGACGAUGACGAAUGCGAGGAUCAGAAUCCGUGUUUCAAUCAAGGUAGUCUGGAAGAACGGAGAACUUUAAAUUCUAAUUUGCUGGUUGUAAUAGUGCAUGCCUUCUGA